UUUUGAAAGAAUUUUCACACGUCUAUUCUAGAGUUAAUAUUAUUCCAGACGCACAUGACGUCUUGAAUCGAGCACAUUAAAAGAGAAUUCGCUUUAUAAACUACUCGGGAAACCUCGUUACCAAUUUUUUUCAAAAACUCAAAAAUUGUUAUUUUCCUACUUAGUGAAAAAAACUCAAACCCAAAUUUUUUACAUAUUUUCUAUCCAUGCAAAUGUUGAAUUCAAAUUAGCUGUAAGGUUUUGGAAAGAUAACUGAAAAGUUACCGUCACAAUAAACCGUAUAAUGGAUUUCGAACAGCAUAAAUCUGUAAGUGGAAUAACGAAAUCUAUAAUUCCGGUUGCGCAUGUCCGUAAUCUUGGAGCUUUUCGAAUCAGCUGAUACGAGCGCUGUGUCCAAGCUGUGUCUGAAAAUCCGGCAUAAGCUGCUCGAGCUCUACUACGUUAUGCUUUAUGCUCAAUGGAUGAAUUUGACUGUGUGUUUAUGUAUGUGUGUGCGUGCGUCUACACGUAGGAAGAACGAACGUGAUUUUCGUACCUACUGGUUAAUUGUAAAUUGACAUUCUUGCAGUCUCGGAACUUUGCAUGUUCUUCUUUAUGUCAAAGAGAAAGCGGUUAUGUGAUUUUUUUCGUUAUUAUCUAGUCAUUCUGUGAUACGGUAUUAUCCAGGACGAAUUUUCAUAUGUGUAAAUACGAGCUGUUAUAUGUGUUAUAAUUGUCAUAAAGUGCUUACGUUCAAACGUUACUGUUCUGCUAUAUUGGUUCUUCAAACUUUCCUUCAUCGUGAAGAAUUUCAAUUGCCGCGAAGCAUUAAUUAACCAUUCGCAAAUAUGACCUUGAACACCGACGUUUACAAUGAUUUAUAUCUAUACGCAACACCAGAAAAGUUCUAUGUUGAGCCAGUGGGUACAAAAGUUUUGCUGGUAAUUGAUCGAGUGAGUCAGCAAAUCUAUACGCAAGUUGGGACUGCCAGUCAAAUACCACAAACAGCCAGUAGACGAAAAAUAUGGGGUAUCAUUGGAACAAUUCGUCUUUUGGCUUGCCGUUACAUGAUUGUUAUAACGGAAGCGGAAAGAGUUGGAAGCAUCGCUGGUCAGGAUAUUUUUAAAGUUGUAUCUACAGAAAUUCUGCCGUAUUCAAAAUCUCUACUCCACUUGAGCGAAAAACAAAUCCAAAACAAUACAACGUAUCUUGAAAUGAUUAAAAUGGUUUUGAAUGAGCCAUAUUUUUACUUCAGUUACACCUAUGAUCUAAGUCACACGAUGCAACGUUUGCACAACACACCACCCGAAUUUCUCCAGAUGCCUCUACACGAUCGAGCAGAUCCGCGCUUCGUGUGGAACGCUUAUCUCCUUCAAGAUCUCACAGCACGACCGGAACAUCAUAAAUUUUGCUUACCCAUUAUUCAUGGGUUCGUAUCUUUAAAUUCUUUCGUCGUGAACGGUGUUGCAUUUACCUGGGGUAUCGUAUCUCGUAGGAGUGUUCAUCGUGCUGGAACGAGGUUGUUUUCUCGAGGUAUAGACUCGAACGGGAAUGUGUCAAAUUACGUCGAGACCGAGCAAUUGGUCGAAGCAAAUGGCGACCGAAGUUCCUUCGUACAAACAAGAGGUUCCAUUCCGUUGUUUUGGCAACAAGCGCCCAAUCUUAAGUACAAGCCACGACCUCAAUUGAGUCCUCACGAAGAUCAUCAGAUCGCUUGCUCCAGGCAUUUCGACGCACAAAUAUUUCAUUACGGCAAACAAAUCUUAGUCAAUUUGAUUGAUCACCGCGGCGCUGAAGAUGUUCUCGAAAAGUCUUAUCGCGAGAUGGUGUCACGAAUAGGCAAUCAGAAUGUGCGUUACGAAGCGUUUGAUUUCCACGCUGAAUGUCGUCACAUGCGAUGGGAUCGAUUGAAUGUCCUGAUGGAUCGUUUAUCCCAUGAUCAAGAACAAAUGGGUUAUUUCCUGCUUUCUAAAGACGGUGCACUGCUCUCCGUUCAAGAUGGUGUAUUCCGUACCAAUUGUAUAGAUUGUUUAGAUCGAACAAACGUUGUUCAGAGUAUGUUGGCGAAACGAGUUCUUAACGAAGCUUUAUCGAGGCUUGGAAUUCUUCGAAAUAUCGAUGAACAUCCGUCCCUCGAGCAUUUAUUUAAACAGGUGUGGGCGGACAAUGCAGAUAUAUUGAGCAUCCAAUAUUCCGGAACCGGUGCACUAAAGACCGAUUUUACGAGGACGGGCAAGCGCACGAAAUGGGGUGCUUUGCGAGACGGCAUUAAUUCAUUGACGAGAUAUUACAAGAAUAACUUUGCCGAUGGUUUCAGACAGGACGCACUGGAAGUUUUUCUGGGACGAUACAUAGUACAAGAAGGGGAAAGUUUAACGAUGCGGUGCCCUUUGGAAACCGAGAGAAAUUGGCGUUACGCCACGUUUCCACUUGUUCUGCUUGUUGCGUCGUCGAUGCUUGUCGCCCACAUUAUAUUGCCCGCGAGAUACACGACCGAAGCACUGCUAUACAUUCUUUUUUGGGGCGCUAUGGUGGCCGGUACAUUUGCGACAGUUAUCCAUCAUGGCAAGCAAUACGUCGACAAACCAAAAUUAUUAUAGUCGUCGUUUGCGAGCCGCGCUUCGCCGUGAAAUUUAUCAUUGUCCAAAUCAGAUGUGCGUGUAUACGAAAUUAUAUACGUUUACACAUCUGUGUUCGUUCAUGCGCUGUAUCAUUUUCAGGUGGACUGGGUAGGAAAAAUCAAGAAAAACGAAACUACAUAAUCCGUGAAUUUAUGUAGAAUUAUUCUGGAAUUUUGUGUGUUAAUCAUGUAAUUGUACAGCGAGAGACAAACUGCAUUAGAAGUGUAUUGAACUGAUCCGUCUUUUUUUUUUUUAUUCAAGUUACCCUAAAAUAACUAUAUACCCCUUUGCGUGUAAAAAGGAGUGAGAUACCAAUUGCGAGUAAAAUGUGGACAUGAAUAGAAACUGAGACCCCGAUAUAAAUAAAGUUCGCAAUUGUAGAGCCAAAGUAAACGCAAUGGUGCUAAAGUUCUCACAUUGGGAAUAAAAUUUUGUUGUCUCGAACAAACAGUUCUUUUAACCGGAAGCUUUGAGUCUAUUUUGGCAACAAAAUAUUUAUGUUUAUGUAACAAAAAAUAAUACAAAUAAACUAAUCCAUUUAUUCAUUCCAUUCGAUAA